AUGCUGAAGCGCGAGGCCAGUGGUGCAGAUGGCGACUCUGCUUCUGUUGGCGCCCGAAUCUACGAAGGAAUGAACAAUGUGGACAAGCAGAUGCUUCGAGAGUAUUUGGUGCGCGAAUUGAGCAGCGGCAGUGGCAGCUGGCGUGAGGUCGUGUCGCAACGCGUUGUGGAGGUUGUCCGUCGGCGUGCGCAGUGUGGGGAGUCGCUGGAUGCCCACGAUGUGAUUGACGAAGUGCUGUCCUUUUCCCGCUCCAUCAUCCCUGCGGGGGUGCGCGAGGGGCUCUUCCGCCGCGUCUCGGAGGUUGUCGGCGUCGGGCCCAGGCAGUAG